AUGGAUAAUAUUAAUGACUUCAUAUACUCUACAUUAAUUGAUUGCAACGAAAAAUUGAAAACUAAUUCCCUUGAACUGGUUUGUGCUUGUGCAGAUGCUGAAGUUGAUGCUAAAAAAUUGCAAACAUCAUUACGACAAGUUUUGGGCCCAAACUUCGUCUUUGUGAACGAUUAUGUGCACAAUUUUAAAUAUCAACGAAACUGUUUGUUAAAUGGAAGAAUUUUAGGAAAUAUUAGUAUGUCUACUCUAAUUAACACAAUGAGUUCCCAUCCUGAGUUAUAUGAUGUACUUGAUAAAGAAGAAGUGACACCAUCUGAUAUCAUGGCCAUAGAUCCAUGUCUUACUCUAACCACACCAAGGGUGAUUGAAAUAUUGAAAUCACUAAAAAAUGAUGAUUCUACCACUUUAGCAAAGUAUUUAGAGAAUAUUCGUGAAAUAUAUGAUAUAAUUAAUGAAAAUGAUACUGAUCCAAUUCUCUUCCAUCAUCAUCUUCGUUGGUGGCAUCCACCGUUUCCUCCUUUGUAG